AUGGAGAAAGUUUGUUUUUCUGUAAACGGUAUCCGUUAUAGUCUAUCUGGAUCAGAAGUGGGUUCAUCCACAUCAUUAAAUGAUUACCUCCGCGAUUACCUUGGUUUAUAUGGUACCAAGUCGAUGUGCCAUGAAGGCGGUUGUGGAGCUUGCGUGGUCUCCGUAACCCGGUUGAAUCCUGUAUCUAAAGAGAAACAGGUGUUUGCUGUUAACUCGUGUUUGGUCCACAUUCUGUCGUGUCAUCAAUGGGAAAUAACCACGAUAGAGGCCCUGGGCAACCGCAAAGAUGGGUACACCUCGCUGCAAACUCGACUUGCCAUGUUCAAUGGGACGCAAUGCGGCUACUGCACACCUGGGUGGAUAAUGAGUAUGUACAGUUUAUGCCAAGGCACGCAGAAGACCUUAACAAGACAAGAGAUAGAGAAGUCAUUUGGUAGUAACAUGUGCCGCUGCACCGGGUAUCGACCCAUUCUGGACACGUUUAAAAGCUUUGCCACUGAUUCAGUGGUUCAGAUUCCAAGUGUCAUAAAGGACUUGGAAGAUUUACACCAAAUGAAAUGUAUCAACAAAACUCUCGUUAAAAGCAACCCAGUAGAUGAUAACUGGGUAACAGAGAAUCCAAAAGAAUCAAUCUUUCAAGUAGCUUUGGACGCACAUCGCUGGUACAAAGCAUUAACAAUACAGGGUGUUUUCAAGGUACUGUCAAGAGAAGGCACAAAUAGUUACCGACUUGUAGCAGGAAAUACCGGCAAAGGUAUAUACCCAAUAACUGAAGAACCAAGGGUUUACAUAGACAUAGCGUCCAUAGAAGCUCUAAAAGGCGUGUCGAGAGCCGCCAACCUAAUAUUAGGAGCAGGGAUGAGUCUGACCGAAUUGAUGAGCGAGCUCAAAGCCUACGCUGGGAUUAAUGACGAUUUUCAAUACUUGGAACAUUUCUACAAGCACAUGGAGUUGGUCGCACAUGUUCCCGUGAGAAACAUCGGCACUAUAGGAGGCAACUUGGCGAUGAAAAAUGUACAUCACGAAUUCCCUUCCGAUAUAUUUCUACUCCUAACGACCGUGCAGGCUGUGAUCACGAUUGUGGACAGCAAUCUUGAGAAGACUGAAGUAAAUAUGGAGGAUUUCUUGAAGUUAGAUCUUCGUAAUAAAUUAAUACUGGACGUCAAAUUACCGCCUCUGUCCUCAAGCAAUAUAAUUCGGACGUACAAGAUAAUGCCGCGAGCACAAAACGCCCAUGCGAUUGUCAACGCAGGAUUCCUAUUGCAUCUGGACUCCUCUAUGAAGGUGACGACGUCUUGCAUCGUUUUCGGCAACAUAAACGCAGACUUCAUUAGAUCGAAAGAGACAGAGAACCUUCUGUUGGGACAGGACCCGUACAGCGACGAUACGCUACAAAAAGCGUUGGCUACACUGGAUAAGGAAAUUGUGCCGGUAGACAUGCCGCCUGAGCCGUCGCCAUAUUGUAGAAAAAUGAUUGCACUUGGAUUGUUUUAUAAGGGAAUUUUAUCGCAGUGUCCAUCUGUGAACCCCCGAUACAAAUCCGGGGGUAAUAUACUUGAGCGUCCGUUGUCCAGCGGAACGCAAACCUUCGACACUGACAAGUCACUAUGGCCUUUGAAUCAGCCUGUUCCGAAACUAGAAGCGUUAGCUCAGAAUGUAAAUAAACUUAGUAUGGCAGAAAUGGUUCAUAAUGAAGGAGAAUGGAAAAUAGAUCGGCCAACAGAUGGUGUAUUAUGUUACAGAGGAAAAGAUAGGAUAAGAAGACAGAAGGGAAAAGCAAGUGUACAGCCCACUGAAAAAUUUAAAGCUGCUGAUAUAAAAGUUCCUUUGUUUAUAUCUAAUGUAAAUAAAGCCCUCACCGAAGCAGAUAUUAAUAAUUAUAUACAAGAAAAAACUUAA